AUGGCAGGCAACCCCACAAAACGCAAUCAGAACCUAUACUGUCAGUACCACCAAAAACCGAGGCACACCACCGAAGACUGCAGAAACCUGAAAAACCACUUGGACCAGUUGGUCCGAGAGGGAAAAUUAAAUCACCUCCUGCAUCAUUCCAGUGGCCAACAAGAACAGACGAAUGUUAAGACACGGCGGGACACCUUGAGACCGCCUAUAGGCACGAUAAAUGUCAUUCUCGCCGCUCUAGGAAGGACCGGUUCUCAUCCUUCCAGAGUAAUGUUGGUAGCCCGACUUCCCGCUGAGGUUGACAACCGAGAGUCUAAGAAGGCUAAGAGGAUGGCCUCACCUAUGCUGGGAUUCUUGGAUAAGGAUAAGGUCGAAACUAUCCAACCCCACGAUGAUGCUCUAGUCGUCACGCUCAGGAUUGGGGGAUAUGAUGUGAAGAGAGUGUUAGUCGAUUAG